AUGAACGAUCGUGUGGAAGAAAACUGCAUGGAAAGCAAUUCUGCCCGGGACACAUCUUCAGAAGGAAAAGUCUCUCCUGCUAAGGACUGCUCAGUAGAGCCAAAACAAUCGGAGCAAGUCGAGAAACAAUUAAAAAGCUUAGCCUUUCAAAAUCCAGGACCUCAGGUAGCUGACUUCAAUCCUAAAACCAGAGAGCAGAAAAAGAAAGUGUGCAUGUCACAGAUGAAACAAGAAAUUUCUAAUAAUCCCAAAAUUACAAAGAAGUACGACAAACAGGGCAGGCUGCUUUGUAAUAACAUUGAUUUGUGUGACUGCCUGCAAAAGAACUGCCUGUGUUGCUUCUAUCCUUGCCCCAAAUGCAGUUCAAAGAAAUGUGGACCAAAAUGUCGCUGCAAUAGGAAAUGGAUUUAUGAAUCAAUUCAGACUGAAAGUGGGAAUGUGAUCAGCGUGUUGCCAUUUUCUGUCCCUGACUGAUUUUGUUGUGAAAGUUUUUGCACCUGAGCAAAGUUCUUCUUUCUUCACAUUUUAUUAAAGUAAAUCUU